ACCAAGAACGAUAUCAGAAUCCACAACCACAUCUCCACAAUUCAUCUCAAACAAAUUCAUAAUGCAUAGAACACCCUCAAACUCAUAUCUUGGGCUAGAAGUAGCCCCAGCCUUUUUUAAGCCCAUUCAGCAAAUGGCUCCACCCUCCCCAACCAAACGCCACACCAAGGUCUCCGUCGUUGGUACUGGCAACGUUGGCAUGGCCAUUGCUCAAACCAUCCUCACCCAAGACCUCGCCGAUGAAAUCGCCCUCGUCGACGUCAAUGCCGACAAGCUCCGUGGAGAGAUGCUCGACCUACAGCACGCUGCUGCGUUCCUCCCCCGUACCAAAAUCCUCGCCUCCGUCGACUACUCUGUCACUGCCGGAUCCGACCUCUGCAUCGUCACUGCCGGUGCUCGUCAGAUUGUUGGUGAGUCCAGGCUCAAUCUGCUUCAGCGCAACGUUACCCUCUUCUCGAAAAUCAUUCCCCAACUCGCUAAGUACUCCCCUGAUACGAUACUGCUGAUCGUGUCUAACCCAGUCGAUGUCUUGACUUAUGUGGCCUGGAAGCUUUCUAAGUUUCCCUCUAAUCGAGUGAUUGGAUCGGGCACUAAUCUGGAUUCCUCCAGGUUUCGGUUCCUCAUCGCUGAUCACCUCGACGUCAAUGCCCAAGAUGUUCAGGCUUACAUUGUCGGCGAACAUGGGGACAGUUCAGUUGCGCUUUGGUCGAGCAUAAGCGUUGGUGGGGUGCCCGUGUUGAGCUUCUUAGAGAAGCAAGAAAUUAACUAUGAGAAGGAAACACUGGAGAACAUGCACAAAGAAGUUAUAAACGGUGCCUACGAGGUGAUUCGUCUCAAAGGUUAUACCUCAUGGGCGAUUGGGUACUCUGUAGCUAGCCUUGCUCGAACGAUACUCAGGAACCAGAGGAGGGUUCACCCUGUUUCAGUCCUUGCAAAGGGGUUCUAUGGAAUGGAUGAUGGAGAAGUGUUCUUGAGCUUGCCUGCUCAGCUUGGUAGGGGAGGGGUUCUGGGUGUGAUUAAUGUGCACUUGACAGACGAAGAGGCUGGACAUCUCCGUGACUCUGCCAAGACCAUUUCGGAGUACCAAAGCCAGCUUGGGAUCUAGAAGGACGCUCUGCAAGCUUAUUCUUGAUCUUCUGUUCGUCUGGUUUCUGGGUUUCUCUUGUUUUUGUUUUGUUAUGCUCAGAUUAGUUGAUUACACUCCCCUCUUUGGCAUUCUUUUUAUGGAAUGUUGAUAUUUCAUUCUACACUUCUGACAUGUGAGGAUAGUUAUAAUGCUUUCUU